AAAAAAACCCUGCCUCUAUUCUCCCUCACCUCUCGCACGGAAAGGAAAAGCAGCGGCGGCGUCUGCGAUUCCCGAUCGGAGCGGUUGAACAAAGGCGGCGGCGCUCGCAGCUCGAGCACGGAGGACUGCGGUGCCGGCGAAUAGAAGCAGCAAGGCCGUCUCUCUCUUUCCCCACUCAAAAAAUCGAAGAUUUCUUUGAAUUACGUACUUCUGCAAACUGAAUAAUCGCUGGACGUUAUUAGACCUUGGUUACCAUGGAUUUUCUUGAACCAAUGGUAGCCUUAGACGAGACACAUUAUCAAGACGGUUACAAAGAUGGUUAUGAUGAUGGCAAGGUAUCUGGAAAGGAAGAAGGAAGGCAGGUCGGUUUAAAGAUGGGUUUCCAGGUAGGUGAAGAGCUGGGAUUCUAUCAGGGCUGCUUGGAUGUGUGGAUGUCAAUAAUUCGCCUUGAUCAAGGUGCAUUCUCAGCUUGGGUCGGGAAAUACAUGGAGCAACUAGCUGCACUUCUAAGCAACUAUCCUUUGUCUGAUCCAGAGAAUAAUCACCAUCAGGACAUGAUGAAGGAUAUAAGGCUGAAAUUCAGGGUUAUCACAGGAAGCUUAGGAGCAAAAUUGGGGUAUGAAGGUCGUCCCACAUCAUCAGAGCAAGACCUUGAGGAUAUUUAGCUUGUUUAGCAUUAUUCAUAGGGUUCUUAUGGAUUAUCAAAUCUCAACACCACUUUGAAACUGAUAUUUGGUGUCUAUAUUGUUUGCUUUUGAUUUUGGACUUAUGAUGUUCAGUUUCACGUAUGUUGCUAAAGGUCUGCAAGGAAAUGUGCUGCCACUGGGAUAACGGAGGAUACCUGAAGCAGUGUAUCUAACAAGUAACAACCACUUAAAGUCUCUUCAACUUGAGAAAAAUUUGGAGUCAUGUUAUUUCUUCUCUCUUCUUAUCUUUUCAAGAUGAGAUGAUAUUCUUUGCUGUACUGAACACGCAGCUAUUUUAUGCUAGUCGCAUGUAUUUCCACUGUAAGCAAUGAUCAGUUUUUCAUUGGCUUUUA